CAAGCCGGCACGGUAGAAAUGUUGACAUUUGAUUUGUAAAAGAAAACCAAAACAACCUUACAAAAGCCGCCCAUGGAGUCGAGUUCGGAAAAACGUGAAGUUUCAGCAGCCACAGAUCCCGAACUGGAUGUGUCCAGCGAGCAAUUCAACCCCCUCAGAGCGCUAUACGAGCCCAAUUACAAAAUAACAGAAGUACCUCCAAAAGUACUAUACCAAAACAUCGCCGCCUUCGAGAGCGCUCUUAAGAAGUUUGGAGUAUGGCAACUGAACAAGCGACAGAAAUCUGGAACAACAGCCGGACCUGGCCAAGCUGCAGACAAAAAGCCUUCUUUGACUUCCACUUCAAAAUCUGUGCUUGUUCUGGAAGAAGUUCCGCAGCGCCGUUUUGAGCCGCAUCAAUUGCCAACGGUCAGCACUUUAAACAAGAAACAUCAACGGAAUAUUUUUACAUACAUGGAGACGGCGAUAGGCCCUCUGGAACUGUUGAAAAAAUGCAUAGUCACACCUGCUUCAGAGAAUAUUCGAAAGAUCCGCGUUCGGGUUGUACUUCGCAAGGAUCGAGCGAUAGGCGGUAGUGUCGUGGGCGAAUUGGUGGCCUACGAUAAGCAGUGGAAUCUUCUCUUGAGGAAUGCCACAGAGACAUGGCAACGUCGCAAAUACAACUAUGGAGAGCAGAAACUCUGCGGAGCGCCUAUUGAUUGCUCUGAGCGUCUCAGGGAUCUGUGCAUAGCCGUUCCCGCAGUGGAGGUGAAGAGCUUGAAUCGAAAGAAUGUACAGAUAGUACGUCACUUGCCACAGAUUUUAAUACGAGGGGAGAAUGUGGUACUAUUAAGUUUAAUGGUUUAAGAUGAAGAUAAUACAAACUA